CAUGCAUGCAUGACAGUCUUCAGGAUCCACCCUGCAGUGCAGCAGCAGCAGCAGAGGGAGGACAGGGGGAGGAGUGGAAGUGAGGACAGAUCACUUUGGGAUAAAAGUUGCAGCAGCAGCAGCAGACAUGAAAUCCUCCAACAAGCUCGACGGACAGUUUGGAGAGUUUCUCCACUGACUGCAAACUACAACCAAACUCUCGCUGCAGCAGACUGAGACGCCCAUGGUUUUGUGCUGUAGGUGGAAAGAAGACUCAGCAGAUGAAGAUCUGUGAAGGAUUUCCUGUCAGGUGCACCUGCUAAAUGAAGACCAGGACGAAAAUUUAUGUCAAACAGAUUUCUCACUGAAGAUCAACAGUGCCGAACUGAACCACAGCUGCAACAUGACAAUAACAGAUAUUUGAUCUUAGACCCUGAACUGGAGUUAAAGUCCUGCACUUUGCCCACUCGCCAUUCACCCUGACCACCUCCCUGCAACUCCUGUGUGGUAGAUAAAUGCUGCCACAAAGCUCCUGGAUGAGAUGUGCCAUCUGACGGCUCAGUCUCUGACUGCAAUGGACACAUCGGAGCACUUCAAGGUCCUAAAGCUCCUGGGUGAAGGCUCGUAUGGCAAAGUCAUGCUGGCUGUACACAGGAAGAGAGGUACUCCGAUGGCUCUGAAGUUCUUCCCUCGUGAGUCCACUUCUCUUUUCUCUUUCCUGAGGGAGUAUAACCUCUCUCUGUCAUUCUGCACCCACCCGUCCCUGACCAGAGCCCUGGGAAUCGCCUACUCCACGCCUUCGCACUACGUCUUCGCUCAGCAAGCAAGCCUCUUUGGCGAUCUCUACGAUGUCAUCUUGCCUGAGGUCGGUAUGGAGGAGGACUGUUGUCAGCGGGUGGUGUCCCAGCUGUGUGGCGCUCUGUCCCACCUGCACUCUCUUGGUUUUGUCCACAGAGACCUCAAACCAGAGAACGUCUUCCUGUGUGACUCCGCCUGCCGCUGGGUCAAACUAGGAGACUUUGGCAUGGUGAAGGCCAGGGGCACCAGGGUCCCGGAGGUCUGGUACAGCUCUCCUUACUGCACCCCUGAGGCAGAGAUCGCUCGCGGAAAUGAGGACAGCUGGAGAAGCAUGAAUGACGGGAAUGAUGGCGUUAAGGAUGAAGAGAAGAAAAAGAAGACAAGAGUUUGGGUGUCUGUGGAGCCCAGCACAGAUAGUUGGGCACUUGGGAUCCUGACCUACGCCAUGCUCACCGGCAGUCAUCCCUGGGCUGAAACAACCAGCGACUGCCAGUCAUACCUGAAAUAUCAGGAAUGGUUUGACAGAGCAAAAGGCCCUGAUGACGAACUGGAUGUGUGGGCAGAGCCACAGGGUGAGAGCGCACAGGAUGGCAUUGAUUUAAUUGGGGCAGAACUUGGAAAGAAAGACCACCCUCCCAUAGCGCCCCAUUUUGCAUGUUUCACCCCGCUGGCCUGUUCCUUCUUCCAGUCGCUCCUCGACCCGAGGCCCCGGCUUCGUGGACGACCUGAGGAUGGGCUCAGUUACCUCGGAGGGGACUGGGUGAUGGAGAGGGAGAGGGUGCGGCUGGAGGAGGAGAGGAAGAAGAGCAGAGGGAAAGGAGCAAUCAGGAACAUGAAAGAGAUGGAGGGGAGAGGAGAGCGAUAAGGAGAUUUGUGAACUGAUUUGUAUACUGAUGAAUAA